ACAUAAACCUCCACGCAGGAGGCGGGUCUGCUCAGUCUUGAGGCGUCGGCGAUCUGUAGUGUGUUAGCGCUGUUAGUUGUCGGCUUGUGCGCGGGUGCGCGAACAUGGCCUCAAACGAUUAUACCCAGCAAGCAACGCAAAGCUAUGGGGCCUACCCCACCCAGCCUGGGCAGGGCUAUUCCCAGCAGAGCAGUCAGCCGUACGGACAGCAGAGUUACAGUGGUUAUGGCCAGUCAGACACUUCAGGCUAUGGUCAGAGCAGCUAUGGUGGUUCUUACGGACAGACCCAAAACACAGGCUAUAGCACUCAGUCAGCUCCCCAGGGAUAUGGCUCAGCUGGUGGUUAUGGUAGUAGCCAGAGUUCUCAAUCGUCUUAUGGGCAGCAGUCUUCCUACCCUGGCUAUGGUCAGCAGCCAGCUCCUAGUAGCACCUCUGGAAGUUACGGUAGCAGUUCUCAGAGCAGCGGCUAUGGGCAGCCCCAGAGUGGGGGCUAUGGCCAGCAGUCUGGCUACAGUGGACAACAACAAAGCUAUGGCCAGCCACAAAGCUCCUACAAUCCCCCUCAGGGCUAUGGACAGCAGAACCAGUACAAUAGUAGCAGUGGAGGUGGUGGAGGAGGAGGUGGUGGAGGUAACUAUGGCCAAGAUCAGCCCUCCAUGAGUGGCGGCAGUGGUUAUGGCAAUCAGGACCAGAGUGGUGGUGGCGGUGGUGGCUACGGGGGAGGCCAGCAGGACCGUGGGGGCCGUGGCCGGGGCGGUGGUGGUGGUUACAACCGAAGCAGUGGUGGCUAUGAACCCAGAGGUCGUGGAGGUGGCCGUGGAGGCAGAGGCGGCAUGGGCGGAAGUGACCGUGGUGGCUUCAAUAAAUUUGGUGGCCUCCGCGACCAGGGAUCACGUCAUGACUCUGAACAGGAUAAUUCAGACAACAACACCAUCUUUGUGCAAGGCUUGGGCGAGAAUGUUACAAUCGAAUCUGUGGCUGAUUACUUCAAGCAGAUUGGUAUUAUUAAGACAAAUAAGAAAACGGGACAGCCCAUGAUUAAUCUGUACACAGACAGGGAAACGGGCAAGCUGAAGGGAGAGGCAACAGUAUCAUUUGACGACCCACCUUCUGCUAAAGCAGCUAUUGACUGGUUUGAUGGUAAAGAAUUUUCUGGGAAUCCUAUCAAGGUCUCCUUUGCUACUCGGCGAGCUGACUUCAAUCGGGGUGGUGGCAAUGGUCGUGGAGGCCGAGGGCGAGGAGGACCCAUGGGCCGUGGAGGCUAUGGAGGAGGUGGCAGUGGUGGCGGUGGACGGGGAGGGUUCCCCAGUGGAGGUGGUGGUGGUGGAGGACAGCAGCGAGCUGGUGACUGGAAGUGUCCUAAUCCUAUAUGUGAAAACAUGAACUUCUCUUGGAGGAAUGAAUGCAACCAGUGUAAGGCCCCUAAACCAGAUGGCCCAGGAGGGGGACCAGGAGGCUCUCAUAUGGGUGGUAACUAUGGAGAUGAUCGUCGUGGUGGCAGAGGAGGCUAUGAUCGGGGUGGCUACCGAGGCCGAGGCGGGGACCGUGGGGGCUUCCGAGGAGGCCGGGGUGGUGGGGACAGAGGUGGCUUUGGCCCUGGCAAGAUGGACUCCAGGGGUGAGCACAGACAGGAUCGCAGGGAGAGGCCCUAUUAGCCUGGCUCCUGAGGUUCUGGAACAGCUUUUCUUCCUGUACCCAGUGUUAACCCUUGUUAUUUUGUAACCUUACAACUCCUGAUGACCUAUGGGGUUUUUUUUUUUUUUUUUGACUAUGUAAUUGUAACCAUACCUCUCGUUCCCAUUAAAAACCAUUGUUUUGCUUAAUUUUUUCCCCCAUUUCCCCCUUUUCUCUUCUGGAAGGUCCGAGUCAGGAAUGUGGGUAUUCCUGGUUUUUUUUUUUCCUCUUUCAGAUAAGCCUGCCUAGCAGGCGUUAGAAUAAUUUUUAUGUUCCUGCUUAGCAGGAACUGAAAUAAAGUGUUUGAUACCUGGUCUGGGGGGAAAGGUCAAGUGGCAUCUUAAAGGUGGAGAUAAAACUUUGUCAUGGUAAACAUUGCUUGUAUGAGUGGGUUAAGUGAGUAAAAUAUGUUAUGUCAUGAGUGUUACUUGUCCAACAAUGUGGGAGUUUAUCAUGUGCCGGUCUUAGCAAGUUAACUAUUAAUACAGCAAUUUUACAUUUUUUAAGGACCCCUGGCUCUUUUGACAGUUUUCUAAGGUGGGGCUCAAGCAAAUUAGGUUUGCCUUUGGGUCAGUAUUCAAACUUGGCCACGACAGGGACCCCGUAGCUAACUUGAGUUUGCAGGAAGAAUAACUGAGCACUAACUUCAGCAGAGGUGGUGUGGCCUUGCUCACUACAGGGAGAAAUGAGGUGUGUGUUAGUUAUGUGGCUCUCGAGUCAGGAAAUGGAGCCAGGAUUGUGUUCUAGUCUUGUGACUUCAUUUGUUAACAUUUUCAUCCUGUAACCAUUGUUCUGAAGGGGACAUGCUGCCAUCCCAAAAAUUUGCUUGCUUAGGCUUUACUUAAGAGGAUGUUAAAUUUGAUGGAAGAGGCUUGGGAAAGAGGAUAACGUGAGAGGUAAGUGGGAAAGAAGGUAGAGGCAGUUUCUGGGUUUUUAGGUGAGUCCCCUGCCUAAACUUUUUUUGAAGGUGAGGUUUGGGUAGAUUAACCUGUUAGAGGAAGAUGGUCUAGCUGGGUUGCUUUCACGUCCUGCCUAUACCUAGGUUCCUGAGGUCAUCGGUAUUAUGUUCUUAGCCUUAGUGGGGGUUGGGUGCCCUCCCUGUCCCCUUGGAGAUAAGGGAAGAGGGCCAGUGAGUCACAACCUCAGAACAGUGCCACUAACUACAUCUUUCCUGAUCCCCAAGGACCUCUUUACCCAGCUCUCGAGUUGGAAACUUCUCUUACCUGCCAACCAGUUGAGUGUGAAUUAAAUAGAACUGCAAAGCCGGUUGCAGAAACAGUGCUUGUCAGAAGAAAAGCUUGUUAGGGUCCCUGGGACUGCUGGUUGGGAAGCGCUUUCUUGAAAGUUGGUAAGAAUGCUGAAGGUAUUCUCUAGAGAAGCAUUGCUGCGUCCUCAAGUCUGAUGAUGGCACCAGCAAAGGCUUUCUGCAAAUGACACUUGUCCGAAGGGGCUUCCCUGAGUGGGAGUGCUUGUAACUGGCUGAGAAUGGCUAGGUCCUCCCAGGCUGUGCUGAGAAGCUCAGAGCCAAGGGUGUGGUAGUUCUUGGUGUGGUCAGACUGACUCUGCUGUUACUAUGGUGUGGAUGGCCUGAUCCAUGUCUUGAGCAGUUGUUUCUGCCUCACUUGGCUGGAGUUUUGAAGUUAGGGUUUAGUUCUUUGAUCUGGGGUACUAGGGGUGAAGGAUGUUACAGCUCCAUGUAAGACCUGAUUUCUGACUGGGAUUAAGUUCUUAAUGCCUUCAGUGAUUUGCCUUGCCCGUAAAGGAAAAUAGGGUCCCAGGUGUCUGAUGAGUAGGUAGAUCCAGUUUUGAGGGCUUUUCCAGGACAGUGGCUGAAGAUGAAAAUAAUAAGGUUGGUUCUUAGAAGCUGGUUCUGGUGCCAGCAUAUCAUUGGUGAACAAGUCAGUGAGACCCAUGGGGUUUGUACAUCGGGCUCUGUUCUUUGCUGCAUCCUUUGUAAUAGCCUGGAUAGUAAUAGUCAUGUUUCUUUGGUGAGAUUUUUAGACUAGUCCUUUGUAUUCUAAAGGAUAUAUUUUUAUCAAAAUACUGAAAACAGUGGAAACACCAGGUGCUUGGCUUUCUGAAGGGGAUGAACACAAGCUAACAAGAAGUGAGGGCAGUUUGUGGGUGGGGAUGGCUGUGCUUGAAGGUCUGCUUCCUCUAAUGUAAUUCUUGGUUAUUAGACUUUUCAGCUUUCCCUCAUAGUGUUUGGGCUUCUUUGGGUUUUAGUAACUUGGACAUAGGGCUAAGGAUAAGUCUGGGUAGUUUGACCGCAGUUAAGGUCUGUAUAUACUCUAUAUAUAUUGUUUAUAUAUGUAUAUAUACUGUAUACUAUAUAUAUACUGUAUACUACAUAUAUAUACUCAAGACAUGUUUAUAGGAGUAUUUCCAUUUCCAGUUUCAUCCACUAUGGAUUUUGUAACCAUAUCUCACUCUACACAAGAGGUUAAACUGUUAGGUACAGGUUCCAUCUGCAGCUUGCCAGCUCAGGCUCUAAAGACUACCUUUAGGUUCCUACCUUUGGGUUCUCUGCAGUUAGCCUCUUUUCAUCUUUCACUUCUUACUCUGAAAUAAUUUUAAACUUAAAAGUUUCCAUAAAAAAUUGUUCUGCCUGCAUACAUAAAUGCUUCAGGGUGCUAGUAUAAAGAACUGAAGUGUAGCAUCAAGUGAUCUUGGCACACAGAUUUUACUUUAGGGCUUGAGUUACUGGGCCUCCACUCUUAACAAUGUUAGCAGUUUUUAUAAGAGCUUUUGUAGAUCACUGAGUCUAAAAUGAAUGCCCAGUGUCCUUGAGGCAGGGACAGAAGUGUAUAUUGAGCAGAAGUGUGUGUCAGGAAAUUGUGCUUGCGCAGCUGGAUAGUUCUGUCUCAGCUCUUGAUUGUGGCUUUGUUCCUGUAUCUUGGGACUGUUAAGUGCUGCGGGAACGGCUCUAACAGGAAUAAAACUAGAGAAAAAAUCAUCAGCGUGGGAACUGGAAACAAGAGUUUAGCCUUUUGGGUUGAAGAUACAGAACUCCUGUGCUGUAGUGGGGAACUCCAAGGAGGGCAGUUGGGUGAGUGGGGUGGGUGAGGGUAGGAAAACAAUCUGCACAGAGUAUGAGCCAAGCUUCCCAGGCAGCAUCCUGUACAUACCUCAUGGGGGCAGUGUUGCUCAACUGCAUGGUUUCCCUGUAGCUGUCGGUGUCCUUAGAGCUCACUGCAGGACUUUGGGGGUGGGGACCUGUCAGGUCUAGACUGACAGGACUUGAAAUUUUUUUCCGGUUUUUCCAGUUUUGAGGGAGUGCAGACCUAUCUUGUGUAUUGUCUCCCCAAGUGGAAAGGCAAGUUCCUAUAUGGUGAGGCCUCUGUGAACUUGUCUGAGAGCCAAGUGUCUGUGGCAAUGUGUCUAUGUUCAACCACAUACAUGAAUCAUUUGGCAGUUUACUAGCAUGGAGAUUCUGAUGCAGUGUAGGCCCAGGUAGUAUUGAUGCUGCUGGUUCAGAGCCCUGCUUUAUAGUUUUGCAGUGAGUCCUUCCAGUUUAAUCCACUUUCCUGGGAAGGCAACUUUGUACAAAACUUUAUACAUAAAACAAUACUAGUUAGGAUCUAAGAAACGUUGCUCGUGAAAGGUUGGAUUUUGUGUAUGGGUUUGUGUUCUAAUUACUAGCACAGGCACAGUAAACAGGCUUGUUUUUUUAGUCUUGCAAUGUUAGGAGAUUUGAGCCAAAAAUGUGUUUUCUAAGCUAGGAACAAAAUCCUAAUGGAGAUAGUUGCUAACUUAAUGUCUGUUAGCUGUGGGCCAUAAUAUGUCCUAUUAUCCCUAUUUCAUAGAUGGUGAUGUUGAGGCACAAACUGGCCUUCAGUCAUGGCUGGUGAGGGGGGAGGUAGAGCAAGAUUAGAAUCUCUUUGGGAGAAUUUGGGUCCUUAACUACUAAGCUGUGCUGAAGACUUUUGCAGACUUCCGAGCUAGUGUCCGCCCUUCAUUUCAUUGAUGAGUUUUGACUUUUAGGCCCUUGAAGGUGGUAGAGUAGAGGCAAGGAGGGCCAUUUAGGAGGACUUUUGUCAGUAAGACAGGCAUAAGCCAGGUGUAGGGGCAGUGAAAUUGAAAAGGAUGGUGGUUGGACCUAAGUUGAAAGAGCUAGUAGCGCCAAGUGAGAUGUUAAAUCUUGGGUGUUGGAAGAGCAAGGCUGACAGUCUAGGCUUUGCAAUAUGAUAGUAUUUCUUACUGGUUAGGCUGCUGCUGCUAAACCAUAUAUUGAGAUUCAGGGAUGGUAAAAGACAACUUAAGUUUUGGAAAUGGUAACGUUCUUAUAGAACUUGACAAAACGGAUUGAAUAAGGCUUGAAUUGUAAGACCCAAGAACACUUGGUAGAAGAAGGUUGAGGAUAAAAUGCGGAAUAUCAACAUUUUAUGGGGUGGGUGGCUAAAGAUUUCAAUUUCAACGAUACUGAGUGUUAGGGGUGAUGCCUGCUUUUGGGGGAAACUCAACUUUCCUCCUGGAGUCCCAAGUAGCGGUAGGAUUAGUUCCAUGUGACCAUAUGAAGCCUUGGCAGCUGUAUUUUAGUUUCUUGGUAGCUUUCUCCUGUAGCAAACAAUUUAUUCUGUUGGUCUGGUGACUUCCAGAAGAUCAGAAAAGGGAAAUGUUAGAAUAUUCUAAGAUUCUUCCUGAAGGACUGUGUGGAAUAAACACUGCAUUUGCUAAUUCUUGUGUCACGUAGGGUGAGGGUUAAUAAAAAGUGAAGUCUUUGUA